AUGGGUGCUAUAGCAAGCAGAUAUCGUGUACAUAACGCAGGUCUCAUAAGCACCGACAUAAAAAAUGUAGAGGCAGAGAAAAAACGUGAGAAUCCCGGAACGUUGGAUGAGUUGCACAAAAAGACCAAAGAUGUAAUGCCAGUCAACUUUGAAGGUGGCAAGUUGAUGGUUAACAAAGGAAUAUCUAAUCACUUUCAGAUGUCUCACACACUAACAAUGAGCUCGACACAAAAUGGCUACAAGCUGGGUGCAACGUAUAUUGGCACGAAGCAGAUAUCUCCCACAGAAGCCUUCCCUGUGGUCCUAGGGGAUGUUGACCCUUCUGGGAACGUCAACUUCAAUCUCAUACAUCAAUUCACCAAUGAAAUUAGGAUUAAAGGAGCCGCCCAGGUACAGGAAUGUAAACUGACAGCGACUCAAGGAACAUUGGAAUAUAAAGGCCCUGACUACACCUUGGCUGUGGCUAUUGGUAAACCUGAUCUUAGUGAAAAAUCAGCUGUCUUUGUGGGACACUACUUACAGUCCGUCACGCGACGACUAGCGGUAGGCGCAGAGCUAGUAUACCAGUCAGGAGCGCGCGUCAUGGGAGGAGAGAUUGCCAUCACGUCUGCCGCCGCUCGGUACACCAUGGACGACUCUGAGAUAUCAGCGACGUUGGGUGCUGCCGGAUUCCACGUGUGCUACUUCAAGCAAGCCAGCGAACAGCUACAGGUGGUAGCAGAAAUGGACACAUCUUUCCGAGGCAUGGAGUCAGUGGGCACCAUCGGGUACCAGGUCACCAUACCAAAGGCAGAGCUCGUCUUCAGAGGCAUGGUAGACUCAAAUUGGAACAUCGGAGCAGUAUUGGAGAAGAAACUGCAGCCACUGCCAUUCACGUUUGCCCUCUCUGGAAUGGCCAACCAAGCCAAACAGCAGUUCAAGUUCGGCUGUGGCCUCAUCAUAGGCUAGUGAUUUAGUGAUAGUGAUAUUUACUGCAACAUACUUACAACUUUACUUACAUCACUAAGUAAUUAAGUAAGUGUCUAGUGUGUCUGUGUUUUGGACUGUUCACCGUAACACUCCGGAUAUCAUAAUGGUGUAAGUGUUUAUAUAAAUAUUUUUAUGCCACUUCCCAGUAGAACCGCUUUCUGGUGUAGUUUCAAUUUUAUUAAUGCUUUUUGCUCAAGACUUGACUCUUUAUGGGCUAGACAAAAUCAAAUUAAUUUAGUACUAGUUUUCAAAGCUUUAAUGCAAAACUACAGAAAUUAUGUAGUGCCCACAAAGGGACUGUCGAGAGAACUAAAGGGAACAAUUCAAUUCAUAAAUCUGUAUACUCUGGUUGUACAUGUGUGUAUACUAUGAUUAUACAUUUGUAUACUUGGUUUAUUCUUGUGUUACUCAGUUCUAAUGUAAUACCCACCAGGGACUGAAAGUAUAACCGUUACAGAUAUUUUAGCUUGUGCAAAAUUAAACAUAAAAUGCACGGGGGUAUGGUAAGACUUAAUGUAUAUAUUGAAUAAUUUGAAAACACUAUAAAGUCAUUGUCAAAAUCUGUAGCCUAAACUGUAGACUCAGAAUAUGCUCAUCUGCGAACUGCAUUCGAUUCGUAUUCGUUCCUAGUCCGAGACUAUACAAAUCUAGAAAACUUGGACCCACUUCAGGGGGUCUACUCUCGAUCUUCGUCCGAAAUCCCUCCGAAACAAUUACUGCCA